GAGAUGGAGGGAUUGAAUUGAUCAUGAUCUGAUCAAGAAGAGAGGAAAAUCGGUGGACUUGUGUUUUUUGGGGUUUUUUUUCGGUGGGAGAUGAUGGUGACAGCAGCAGUGGAGGAGGAGAUAGAGGGAUGAGCAGGGAUCAAUAAUCCUCCCUCCUCCUCCUCCUCCUCUUCCUCCUCCCCCACCUUCAUCCCUCCAUCACCUCUGCAGGAGCCGCUGAAACCUGAUCUGAAUACGCCAUCCUGCGGGAGAAUAAUGACGGUGAAUCCCAGUUGCCUCUCUGUGUCCAGGAAGAAGACAGACAUCUGACAUGACAUUUAACCUUUGCGCAUCACUUCCUCUGACAGAGCGAGUGCAGGACACCGGGCUGAGGCCUGCAGGUGAACCCAUGGACCAGGAAGAGGUGAAGCUCUCCUCUUCAGUGUUUGUCAGGAGAUGAUCUUCGACGGACGUUACGUUUUCGUUUUGUGGAGCUUUGCAUUGUGUUGAUUUCUCUGGGUUUUGUUGACGAAGAGGGUCUGAACUGAAUUCUCUGCUCAGAAAACUCUUGAUUUGGAGAAUAACCACAGGGGUUCUGACCCCGGGAUUUUAUUAUGAUGAGGCACAACAGGGGAGCUACUGGUUAGUCAGCUUGUUUGGGAGUUUGUGCGCAUUCUUGCAGACUGCAUUUCUGCUGGAAAAAAACCCCCACUUAUAUUGGAUGGAAAGAAUAUCACAUGUGGUGCUGGACCAGCUUCCUGUCACUGAUACAAUGAUAAGAUGCAAUAUCUUUGUCACAGAGGGACAAAUAAAGUCUCUGUUAGCUGAAGUUUCCAUGCCGGCUUCUUGGAAACCGAUGUUCUGAUCUUCUGCAUGGAGUGCAAAGAGUGGAUACAACUGACUCACUGACAAACAGAACUGAUUUUUGUGGGGGGGAGGCAAAUUUCUGUCUUUAUUUUUGUCCUCUUUCAAACUAUUAUGGGUCUGAACCUCAACAGAGCCACCUGACUGAACCAGGGGAUGGUCGAAGACUCGGUAUACCUCUUUGAUUGGAGCCAGCGAGGACGAGGUCCAUCUUGAUCCUCGAAUCAGAACUCAAAGAAGAAAAGUCCUCUCCCCCCCACUUACCUCUGGUGGGGGGGAGGGUGAAGGGUAGUGUAGUUUUUAGGGUGUAGGGCUUAGGGCCAUAGGGAGUAGUUUUGUAGUUAUUUAGACAUUAGGUUGUAGAUUAGACAGUAGAGUACAUAGAAAGGCUCUGGGGCGAGUUCUUCUCUGUUGUGUUGAGCCUUUUUCAGUUUUAGCCUUUAGCCUGCUAGCUCAUUUACCUGCGUCACCAAUCUGCUAGCCGCUAACACUCAGUGAGCUAGCUUUUGGCUCUGCACCAGCUGUGGCUGUGACUCAGGCAGCAUUUUUUCAUCUCAUGCAGAAGUUGGUCCAACCUGGAUUCAACCAACUGUAACAGCCAACAGCAUUUACACUCUGUAGUUUAGGAUUUAGGACUGGUGAACCCUGCUCACUGGGCAUUCCCAGUCGUUGUUCAGCCUGAGGUGCCCUGGCCGUUAGUCUUAGACCAGGUCGUCAUGGAUACUAAUCAAGGCCCAGGACAGGGCAGUCCGGAGAGCCCGAACCGGGCCGUGGAGUACCUUCUUGAACUAAACAACAUCAUUGAGAGCCAGCAGAAGCUUCUCGAAACACAGCGGCGCCGAAUCGAGGAGCUGGAGGUCCAACUGGACCGGCUCAGCCAGGAGAACAAAGACCUGCGUUUGGACCGGCAACCUGUUGCUCCUCCUCCACCUGCUCCUCCCCCCGAGCCUCCUCUUCCCCCUCCUCCUCCGCCGCCUCCGCCAACCCAGUCAAUGUCUACCAAGAAUCACCACCACCACAACAGCCAAUACCAAGCUCCUCCACAGCCUCCUUCCUCCAUCCCCCUGCACCACAGCCAUCACCACCAGUACCACCAGCACCACCAGCACCACUCCUCCACCCACCACUCCUACAACAGCUCCAACAGCACCAGUACGACGGCGAUCCCGGUUCCUGCUCCGGCAUCGGCCCCACCGUCCAUCUCGAUACCUACCCAGAUCCCGGCUCCGAUCUCCUCCCCGGCCCCAGCUCCGCCUCCCCCUCCUCCAAUCCCACCGAGGGAUCAGCCGCGGGCCCACAGUCGGCUGACCCGAGUGCCCUCCACCAGCACCGGCACCAACACCAAUUUCGUGGAGAAAGAGAAGGAGAGGCUCGAGCGCCUGCACAGAGCGAACGCCUCCAAUAACCAUCACGCCCACACCCUCCACCACCACAAAUCGUCUUAUUCCUCCUCCACCUGUUCUGCUACCACCACCUCUUGUCGUUCCUCCAACAACCCUACUAGCAUCACCACUCCUUCCUCCACCUCCUCCUCCUCCUCCUCCUCUCUCUACUCCUCCAGCCUACCUCCUAACAGCCACGCCACCUACCAUCAGUACUGCUGUCCCGCGCGCCUCCGCCUGCCCAAGCCUCCCUGCGCCCUGCCCCCCGCCAAGCACCACGAGCAGGCAAGAGAGGAGGAAGAUGACGACAUCGCCCAUCAGUUCUGUUGCCCCGCCUCCGAGUGCAGUAGCCCCUCCUCUAGGUAACCAGGGGCGACCGUGAGCCACUCCCCCGCCCCGACU